GGCAAGUCGUCAUCCCAUCCGUUUCUGGCAACAGUUCCCCGGCUCACGUUUCCGCACCCCCCGAAUGCUGACAUGUCAGUAUAAGAAUCUGCCGCUGUCCCCGACAUCUGCUCCUAAUCCUGAUUUCGCAUGGUGACUAGGGCGAAAUGAUACUGUGCUGGUGCGUGAAAACGCUGAUGGCUCUAUUCGUUCGUUAGUUCCGCCCGGAUGCCACCGACGCGAUGAAGGACCCUAGAGCCGCAGUGCGUAUUGUGGAAGUGGGACCGCGGGACGGCCUACAGAGUAUUAAAGACCCGGUGCCAACGUCCGUAAAAAUCGAGUUGAUUCGACGGCUCCGCCAGACGGGCCUGCGAACCAUCGAGUUGACGUCGGUUGUCUCCCCGCGAGCGGUCCCACAGUUAGCGGAUUGUCGAGAUGUGUUGCGCACAGAAGAUAUCAAAUGCCUGCAGAAAGAACCCGAUAUUCGUCUCCCGGUGUUGGUUCCCAAUAUGAAGGGUUUGGAUAUAGCACUCGAAUACGGUGUGAAGGAGGUCGCGGUCUUUGUCAGCGCCACAGAAGGAUUUAGCAAGGCCAACAUCAACUGCACCGUGGAUGGGGGUCUAGAAAGAGCCAGGACAAUUUCAGCCAAGGCUAUCAGCUGUGGCCUGGCGGUCAGGGGAUACGUAUCCUGUAUAUUCUCUGACCCUUUCGACGGGCCGACGGCCCCGCCAGCGGUGCUCCGCUGUGUGAGGGAGCUAAUUGAAAUGGGAUGCUACGAGGUUAGUCUCGGAGACACACUGGGCGUCGGUUGCCCCGAUAAAGUACGAAGUCUGCUGGCGUACCUGGACGAAAGCGGCAUCCCUCUCGACUUGCUGGCGGGCCACUUCCAUGAUACAUACGGACAAGCUGUAGCGAACACCUGGGAAGCAUACAAUUGUGGACUUCGUGUGUUUGACAGCAGUAUCAGCGGCCUGGGUGGUUGCCCCUAUGCACCGGGGGCCAAGGGAAACGUCGCCACCGAAGAUCUAGUCUACAUGUUUCAUAAUGCUGGCAUUGACACCGGGCUUGAUCUGUUAAAACUGGUUAAAACUGGCCUGUGGAUAUCGGGUAGACUCAAAAGGGAGAAUGCAAGUCGAGCUGGACUAGCACUCGCCCACACACAUGGACUAGUCUGUCCACCGCAUCAUACGAAGCAGACAUUACCCAACUCGGAUAUUUCUUGGUCUCCUGUGAUGGCAAAGGGAAAGCUGCUCACGUAUCGCUCAGGUGGCACUUUCAAGAUCGUACUGAAUCGGCCGAAAAGAGGCAAUACUUUGACGCAGAAUAUGGUUGCAACCCUCGUAACUAUCAUCGAACAGUGCAACAAGGACCCCUCACUCUCGAAUAUUAUCAUCACUGCAACCGGAAGAUUCUUUUGCAUGGGGAUGGAUCCUGGAAAGAGCGUCCCGUUCGUUGCUCAUGGUAGCACGGGCGAUCCCCGGGUCAAGCGCCUCUCUAUGCUAUUGGAAUUGAUCGAUCGUUCUCCAAAAACGACUAUUGCCUGUAUAAAUGGGCCCGCUUUCGGUGGUGGCGUUGACCUGGCACUUGUUUGUGAUGUUGGGAUCGGUGUUAGGACCGCUACUUUGACCCUUGCUGAAGCGAGAUUUACCCAGGCGGGGGAGUCUGGCUUGGGCUGGAGGAGCGCGUUUAUACGCAACGCAAUAUUCUCAACUCGCUCCGCUACGGCCGAGGAGCUGAACUCAUUAGGCGUCAUCUCCGAAGUCGUGGAUGAUCAGCAACAACUGCAAGACGGCCUCAAUAAUUUAGUUGCGCGAUUGGACAGCUCUAGACCUGCUAAACCGCGAAUGUCCAGAGACUUUGCGCGGUUCACCAGAGCAAACGCUGAGAGGGAGGGACAAGUUGCCACUCUAGACGAAAUCUUUUUCCAUGUUAUGAAGCCCGACGUCGGUCGAGAAGACAUGAAGGCAUCCCAAAGAGGGCGGAGAGAUGAUUGGAAACGUGCACUGAAGAGUGUUUGGGGACAAGGUCGUCGACGAAAGAAGGAGACAGAUAUAUGAUGAAUCUAUGACUAUGUAUAUGUAGAUAGUCUAGUAGUUGUAAUAUAUCUAUAAAGCUUGGCUAUAAAGCACAUGUAAUAUAGAAGUCGCUCUAUCUAUGCCAAGUUCAGGUUGUUAGUGCUUACUUCACAAC